GGGGCGGUACCGAUGUGCUACACUGCAAACAAACAAGAGCAACCGGAGAACCGGAGGAUGGGGGAGCAGACGAACCGCAGCUGCACACGGAAGAAGAUAUGAUGUUUUAGGAGCAGUGCCGGCUCGGUGAGGCUGAACUUGUCGUUUUGGUCACUUUUGGUCCUCAAAUAGAAAGAUGGCGCCGUCGGGCUCGUGCAGCGCUGACUGCUGGAGAGUUUUAUACUGGAUCCCUGUGCUGUUCAUCAGUCUGAUCGUGGCAUGGUCCUACUACGCUUAUGUAGUGCAGCUCUGCAUAGAAACUAUUGAAAACAUGGGAGAGAAAAUAGUUUACCUCCUGGUAUAUCAUGUGCUUUUCAUCAUGUUCGUGUGGACUUACUGGCAAACCAUCUUCACAAAACCUAUGAACCCACUCAAAGAGUUCCACCUGUCACAUUCUGACAAAGAGCUAUUCGAGCAUGAAGAUCGGCGCGAAUCUCAGCAGGAGAUCUUGAGGAGAAUUGCUAAGGAUUUGCCCAUUUACACACGCACAAUGUCUGGAGCUAUCCGCUACUGUGAUCGCUGUCUGCUGCUGAAGCCUGAUCGAUGUCAUCAUUGCUCUGCCUGUGAUAUGUGCAUUUUAAAGAUGGAUCACCACUGUCCAUGGGUAAACAAUUGUGUGGGCUUCGCCAACUACAAGUUUUUCAUGCUCUUCCUAGCAUAUUCUUUGUUGUAUUGCCUCUUCGUCACUGCAACAGACUUGCAGUAUUUCAUUCAGUUCUGGACUAAUGGUCUGCCUGAUACACAAGCCAAGUUUCACAUCAUGUUCCUGUUUUUCGCUGCCUCCACGUUCUCCGUGAGCCUAGCGUUUUUGUUUGUUUAUCACUGCUGGCUUGUCUGCAAGAACAGAUCCACCUUGGAGGCUUUCAGAGCUCCUGCAUUCCAGCAUGGACCAGACAAGAAUGCCUUCAGUUUAGGAACAAGCAAGAACUUCCGGCAAGUGUUUGGAGAUGAAAAGAAAUACUGGCUGCUGCCUAUUUUUUCAAGUCUGGGCGAUGGCUGUUCAUUCCCCACGUGUCUAGUGAACGCAGACCCCGAACAACCCUCCUCAUCAUCUGGACACAACCCUUCAGUCCAAAGUGCUGGAGAAUCCCAUCAGUUUCCACCUAAACCUCUAAGAGAGUCUCAGAGCCGACUGCUGAGCAACGGACAGUCAGAGGGAAGUGAAGACAGAGACACGCAAGGUACAAGCAACCCAGCCUUGACUAUUGAGAAGGAAACUUAGGAGCGUGCUAAUGAAACGGUGUCAAUGAGGAUCUUGUCCAUCACCCUUAAGUCUGGAUUCCAGCUGUCAUGAAUUUUGCAAAGGUCAUACAAAAGCAAAAUGACCGAUGUAGCAAAUAUUUUAUGCCAUUUUUAGUGCUGGAUAUUCAGACAAAAACAGUUUAACCUGACAAGCACAGGAAAGACAAAAAUACUAUAUGUGCACUUUAAAAAGUGCUUAAAGCUGCACAUUAUUUCAGUUUUUAAAUAGUCUUCGUCCUUAUGUUUUCUUGAUGGUUCUGUCAAAUUAAGUAUGCAAGGAUAUAUUAAGUAUCCAUAUACAUUAUUAUACUACAGCUGCAGAGAAUAUUUCACUAUUAAAAGUCAAUAUAUUCCA